GUUAACCUUGGCGGGCGGGGCCGGCGUGGGGCGGGGCGUCUUCUCUCGGACAUCCGCCAUGGCCACGGCUACGGGCUGCACACCCCAUGGCUGGUGCUCCCGCAUGCAGAGGCCACAUCUCAGCAAGAUGGAGCGGGUGAUCGUGAGUAUGCAGGACCCCGACCAGGGCGUGAAAAUGCGAAGCCAACGCCUUCUCAUCACCGUCAUUCCCCACGCGGUAGCGGGCAGAGACAUCGUGGAAUGGCUGGUCCAGAAGUUCUGCAUCUCGGAGGAGGAAGCCCUGCACCUGGGCACGCUCCUGGUGCAGCACGGCUACAUCUACCCACUGCGUGAGUCCCGAGACCUGACGCUCCGGCAGGACGAGACGCCCUACCGGUUUCAGACCCCCUACUUCUGGACAAGCACGCUGUGGCCAGCUGCUGAGCUGGACUAUGCCAUCUACCUGGCUAAGAAGAACAUCCAAAAACAAGGGGCCCUGGUGGACUAUGAGAAGGAACAUUAUGCCCAGCUGCACAAAAAAAUCAACCAUGCGUGGGAUCUGGUGGUGAUGCAGGCUCGGGAGCAGCUGCGGGCAGCUAAGCAGCGCCGCAAGGGAGACAGGCUGGUCAUUUCCUGUCAGGAGCAGAUCUACUGGCUGGUGAACAGGCCCCCCCCCGGGGCACCUAACAUUUUGGAGCAGGGGCCUGAGAGGGGCUCUUACAACUCCAGUCGAGUGCAGAUGAGCUCGGAUUUCUAUAAGUGUGAGAUCGAGCGCUUCAAGAAGGCGCUGGGCAGGAACCGGGUGAAGUCCUCUGUCUGCCUCGAGGCGUACCUGAAGUUCAGCAGCCAGCACGGCCCGCACGAUCCCAUCAUGUCAGGGUGCCUGCCCAGCAACCCCUGGAUAACAGAUGAUGUCACCUACUGGGCCAUGAAUGCACCCAACGUGGCUGCCCCCACAAAGCUCCGCGUUGAGCGAUGGAGCUUCAGCUUCCGGCAGCUCCUGGAUGACCCCGUGGGGCGUGCCCACUUCAUGGACUUCCUCCAGAAGGAGUUCAGUGCGGAAAACCUCAGCUUCUGGGAGGCGUGUGAGGAGCUGCGCUUCGGCGGCCAGGCCCAGGUCCCUGCCUUGGUGGAUGCGGUGUAUCAGCAGUUCCUGGCCCCUGGAGCUGCCCGCUGGAUCAACAUCGACAGCAGGACUAUGGAGUGGACCCUGGAGGGGCUGCGCCAGCCACACCGCUACGUCCUGGAUGCAGCGCAGCUGCACAUCUACAUGCUCAUGAAGAAGGACUCCUAUCCGAGGUUCCUGAAGUCUGACUUGUACAAGGGCCUGCUGGAGGAAGCUGUGAUCCCGCUGGAGACCAAGCGCUGGGCAUUUCCAUUCUUGAGGAAGCCUCUACAGUCAAGCCCCAGCCCUGCUCUCCAAUCUACCCCUGGGGAGCCAGCAGCAGCCAGCACCCCUGCAGGCGGUGAUGGGGAGUAGCCGGAUCCUGCCUGUCACCUCACCUUACCAUCACCUGCCUGACACCUGUGGGGUCCUGUUCUUCUAAUGGAUACUGUGCCACGGCACUGGUAUCUCCCUGUGUAGAGGGCCCAGUCUUGCUAUGAAGCCCCUUUGCCUCCACUAAGUCCUUCCCUGCCUAGAAAGGACUGGCCCGGCUACUGAUUCCUAAAGAAAGAGUUUGCUGGCUGAGUCUUGCCAGGACAGAACUUGUUUUAGGAGGUAAAAUCAAGGCCCUCAGAGUUUCUGGUGUUCUGUAAUCUUCAGUUCAGAACUCGGUGGCUAUCUCAACUCUAGAGUGUUAAGUCAGUGACUCAUGACUCGUUGGUCUUUGUCCACGCCAUCCUAUUCAUGAGGACUCCUUCACCGUCUAAGUCCCUAAUUCUGCUGAGCUAACCAAACCCAGUGGCUUCUUAGACUGCGCCUGCAGGUUCUUCUCACUGAUAGACACGGCGUCUUUCCCACCUGUCUUCUGAUCAGAUCUGUAGAAAGGCGACUCCAUGCAGUUAUCCUGACUGUAGGGAUCCCAGAUCCUGUCCAGCUUGUCCUGUGCUGCCAACAUUGCUACCCCUACCCCAGAGACAGAAAUAAAGGGGCCACCUCCUUUAGCCAUAAAGCUCCCAAAAGAGCUGUUCUCCGAAUUUCUACAGAAAUAAAAGAUCCAGACCCUUGCUCAGUA